GAUGUAAUGUGAAAUGCAUUAACUCUUGCUAUUUUAUUUUAUAGUUGCUCUGCUGCUGCCCCAUUAUCUCAGCUCAAGAUGUACAGCUUCAUGGGAGGGGGUCUGUUCUGUGCCAUCGUGGGUAACAUCCUGUUAGUGGUCUCCACUGCAACAGACUACUGGAUGCAGUAUCGUCUCUCUGGAAACUAUGCCCACCAGGGUCUCUGGAGGUACUGCAUGUCCAACAAGUGCUACAUGCAGACUGACAGCAUAGCUUACUGGAAUGCCACCAGGGCCUUUAUGAUCCUGUCAGGGAUGUCAUGCUUUGCUGGCAUCAUCGCUGGCAUCAUGUCCUUUUCACACUUCUCCUCUUUCGAAAGGUUCAACCGCUCCUUUGCUGCAGGAAUCAUGUUUUUCGUCUCCACUUUCUUUGUUCUGCUGGCUAUGGCCAUAUACACUGGAGUGACAGUCAACUUCCUGGGAAGACGUUUUGGUGACUGGCGCUUCUCCUGGUCUUACAUACUAGGCUGGGUGGCCAUGCUCAUGACAUUCUUUGCAGGUAUUUUCUACAUAUGUGCCUACAGAAUGUGUGAGUGCAGGAGAGGAACUGGACCACGCUAGAGGGAGACAGGCAGCUUGUUUAUCAAAAAAGAAAAGGGGAAAAAACAGGACAUUUUCAGUUUGGAUAGAAGACAAGCAGCAACCAUCAAGACAGCGACUGAUCUACUGAAGAGAUGACGUCUGAUGCCGAUAUUGGAGGUCUUGGGUGGUCUGCUGAACAGUUAUUUUUUAAGUCACUGCAACAUGGAUUUGUUUAUCUUUUAUUU